AAAAUACUUAUCCUAUUUUUUUCCUUAAAGCACAAUUUAAUUUUGUUUUAACAAAUUUCAUGAAAAAGUCCUAUUUCAUAUAUUGUUAAAAUUAUCAAUUAUAAAAAAAUUUAGGAGGAAUGACCUUGUUUCUUUGCUAAAUUUAGACAACAGAUGCUUGUGACGUCAUGAUUUAAAAAUGGCUGCUCUCUUCGGACACGGGAAUCCUCUUUCAACUCCAGUUGGCCAAUUAAUUGAGAAAUCUACAGAUGGAACUCAGCCAUCGGAAAACUGGGCCUUGUACAUGGAAGUAUGUGACAAAAUUAAUGAAACAGAUGAAGGUCCAAAAGAUGCUGUCAAGGCAUUUAGAAAAAGACUAAACCAGAAUAUGGGCAAAAACCAUACAGCUGUUUUAUACACAUUAACAUGUUUAGAGGCAUGUGUCAAGAAUUGUGGCCGCAGACUUCAUAUCCAAAUAGCCAACAAAGAUUUUCUCAAUGAUAUGGUAAAGGUGAUAGGACCGAAGUAUGAUCCCCCACAAGCGUUACAAGAGAAGGUUCUCAGUAUGAUACAGACAUGGGCAGAUGCAUUCAGAGGGUCACCAGACAUGAAGGAUGUUGAGAAAGUUUACCAAGAUUUAAAAGGAAAAGGCAUAGAAUUCCCAAUGACUGAUUUAGAUAAUCUAGCUCCAAUACACACUCCAGCAAGGACACAAGGUGGUUUUGAUCCAGAACCAAUUACUAGAAGUAGAGGCAGUACCACCAAUAGAGCAUCGUCAGUACGAAACACUGGUCAAGUUAUUUCCCCUGCUCCGGUUCCCGUUGCUGUUCAACCAGUCCGGCGGCCUGGUAUACCGGUUGUUCCAACACCAGAACAGCUGGCAAAGCUGCGUAGUGAACUAGAUGUUGUACAAGGCAAUGUUCGGGUUAUGAGUGAGAUGCUGACAGAAUUAUCUCCAAGCAAUGUUGAUUCUUCAGAUCUAGAAUUAUUACAGGAGUUAAAUAGAACAAACAGACAGAUGCAACAAAGAAUUGUUGAACUGUUAGAUGGUAUACCUAAUGAAGAAGUCACUAAUGAAUUAUUACGUGUUAAUGAUGACCUGAACAAUGUGUUUUUACGAUAUGAAAGAUUUGAGCGUUAUAGAACUGGACAGACUGGUCAGCCCCAGGAAGUUGAGCCUGCAUCAACAGAUUCUGUACAUCCACCAUCGUAUAAUGAUAUUGUACCAGCGCCUGCUAGUGCUGGAAGUACCAAUGUUGGUAAUUUGAUAGAUCUAGGGGAUGACACAACAACUACAACAACACAAGUUGCUGAUCAACUGGCUAAUAUGAAUGUAAAUGGGGCCAACGAUGACUUUGACAUGUUUGCUCAAUCCAGAAAGUCAUUUGACCAAAAUAGAGAAAAUAUGGGGUCUGGUACUAACUAUGUAAAUGAGGAUCAGUUUGGACAAGGUACAGGUGUUGGUCAAGCUGUCAAUAUGAAGGCACAAACACAGGCAACAGAUGAGGAAAUUCUUCAGUCUGGAUUACAAACAAGGAAGUUACAAGACAAAGAGACAGAUUAUGAUGAAAUGGAACAAUGGUUUGAAGCAAAGCAUGAGGAGCAAACAGGGGCAGGAAAAACCUGGAGGAAAACCUAUUUUCCAUUCAGGUCAGUAUUAAAUUACCCCUCCCUUGAUAAAGAAACGAAUUUAGUCCUAAAAGAAUAG